AUGUCGGGCUCCUCACUACGCAACGCCGUGCAUCGGCGCAACCACAAGGAGCGCUCCCAACCCGUCGGGCGCUCCAAACUAGGUCUCCUCGAGAAGCACAAAGACUAUGUCCUGCGUGCGAAGGAUCACCACCGCAAGGCGGCCCAGAUCAAGCGGUUGACCGAAAAAGCAGCCAUGCGAAACAAGGACGAGUUUUACUUUGGCAUGAUCAACUCCAGCACCAAGAAGGGCGUUCACCAGCAUGCGAGGCCGGGGGAUAGUCUGGACAACGACGUGGUGGCGCUGCUGCGGACGCAGGACGUGGGGUAUGUGCGACGGACGAUUGUGGGCGAGAGGAAGAGGGUGAGGGGGUUAGUGGAGAGGUUGGCGCCUGCUGUGGGGGGAUUGGGCGCGGAGUGGGUGGAUGCGAAAGCGGGGAGGAGGGAGACGCUGGAGAGGGCGGGGCUGUUGAAUGUUGGGAAGGGGAAAGGCAGCGGGACGACGGGCAAGAAGACCGUUUGGCUGGACGACGCUGACGCUCUCCGAGCAUACAACGCUCCAUCAGCAUCACAAGCACCACAAACCGAGGAAUCGUGGAUAGAUGAUCUCUCCGACACAUCCGACAUCGAAGACGACGACUCCCCUAUCCCAUCUACAACCAGCACAUCGUCAAAAGGCGCAAAACACUACGGCUACCUCGUCACAGAGCUGCAAUCCCGUUACGCGAGACUGGACCAGCUCCAGAGCGCUGCGGAGAAGCUCGAUCUCGUGCGCGCGCUCAUGACGCACAAGGGCGGCCGAAGUCAGGUGGUCAAGCAGAAGAAGAAGGAUAGUCUCACGGACGCCGUGGCGAAAGGGAAAGUGACCAAGAAUGGGUUGGCAUUGGUGGAUACCGAUGAUGAGGACGAGGAUGGGGAGAAGAAGGGGAAGGUGGCGAAGGUGUACAAGUUUGGCAAGGAGAGGAAGCGCUGA